AAUUUAUAAAGCAUUUUGACGCUCGCUGCGUACUUGAUGGUAGCGUAGUUGCGAUGAAAGGGUUAAAUUUAGAUUAGUUUGCACAGCUUCUCUGUUCCUACUUGUGAACGUCCAGCCCAUUCAGACAGCAGCCAAUGUCGUCGUAGCUCUGACUUUCCUGUGUGUGAGCUAUCGCUAUUACGUAGGAGCCAUUGCACGUUCUUUCAGUCUACAUCAUCUUUCUUCCACCCGCUGGAGCUUCCACUCUGGUCCUCGGCUCGUACAGCCCGUGUGUAGCUCCAAAACAUGGCGGCCCUCAAAGCGUUGUGCAGAGCGGAGAAUUUGUUCUUCAAAAACAUCUCAGGUCCCAGCAGAGCCAAAUUAAACUUCGCUUAUCUCCAAUUGAGCAAGACCUGUGGCUGUUACUUUUCUACCUCCAGCCAAAGAAGUUCGCAGUUCUACUCCGAUCCUACCGAGGCAGUCAAAGAUAUCCCAGAUGGUGCUACAGUUCUGGUGGGAGGCUUCGGAUUAUGUGGUAUCCCAGAGAAUCUUAUCAACAGUUUACUGAAGACCGGCGUUAAGGGUAUCACUGCAGUCAGCAACAAUGCAGGAGUGGAUAACUUCGGCCUGGGUCUGCUACUCCAGACUAAGCAGAUCAAGAGGAUGAUCUCUUCAUAUGUCGGGGAGAAUGCAGAGUUUGAGCGCCAAUAUCUGGCAGGAGAGUUGGAAGUGGAGCUGACGCCACAGGGUACUCUUGCAGAGAGGAUCAGAGCUGGGGGUGCUGGCGUUCCAGCCUUCUUCACAGCCACCGGCUAUGGCACACUGAUCCAAGAGGGAGGCUCCCCUAUUAAGUACAACAAAGAUGGCAGCAUUGCUAUCGCCAGCGAAAAGAGAGAGGUGAAGGAGUUCAACGGCAGGCACUACAUCAUGGAAAAGGCCAUCACUGGAGAUUUUGCUCUCAUCAAGGCAUGGAAAGCUGACAAGGCUGGAAACAUUGUUUUCAGGAAAACAGCCAGAAACUUCAACCAGCCCAUGUGCAAGGCAGCCAAAACCACCAUAGUUGAGGUGGAGGAGGUGGUGGAUGUUGGGACCUUCGCUGAAGAGGACAUCCACAUACCCAGCAUCUACGUCCACAGAGUUGUCCAAGGAAACAGUUACGAGAAAAGGAUUGAGAAACGAACAGUAAAGAAAAGCCAAGAAGAGAAGCCCAAACCAAAGAAGGACUCUGAUAUUGUUCGGGAGAGAAUCAUUCGUCGGGCUGCUCUGGAAUUUGAGGAUGGGAUGUAUGCCAACCUUGGUAUUGGUAUCCCCAUGCUGGCCAGCAACUUUAUAAAACCAGACAUCACUGUCCACCUCCAAAGUGAAAAUGGAAUUUUGGGACUGGGUCCAUACCCCACUGAGGAUGCAGUGGAUGCAGACCUGAUUAACGCUGGAAAGGAGACUGUCACUGUGCUCCCUGGGGCUGCCUAUUUCUCCAGUGAUGAGUCAUUUGCCAUGAUCCGAGGGGGUCACAUCAACCUGACAAUGCUCGGAGCCAUGCAGGUGUCAAAACAUGGAGACCUAGCCAACUGGAUGAUCCCAGGUAAAAUGGUGAAGGGAAUGGGAGGUGCCAUGGAUCUGGUGGCUAGUGCUGGAACCAAAGUGGUGGUCACCAUGGAGCAUUCAGCUAAGGGGGGAAAACACAAGAUAUUGGAUAAAUGCAGCCUGCCUUUGACAGGGAAGCAGUGCGUGGAUCGGAUCAUCACAGAAAAGGCUGUGUUUGAUGUAGAUAGGACAAAAGGCCUGACUCUGAUAGAAGUGUGGGAGGGGCUCACUCCUGAGGAUAUCAAGGCAUGCACCGGCACAGAUUUUGAGGUGUCUCCCAACCUGCGGGCCAUGCAGCAAAUCUAGAGGAGCCCGCAGUGUGUCUAAGGAAAAACUCAUGUUCUGUGAGUAGAGAGGCACUGCCAUUACCUGAGGGGUGUUACAUAACUGGAGAAUUCAGCCAGUGGGCUUUCAAGAAGAUCAACUGGAUUGGAUCAUCAAGCAGAAAAAUGGAAGAAAGUGACAGGGACUGUUGCCACUGGCUCUUGAUGUUAACCCAGUGCAUCCCUUCAUGAUUCAUAUUAGAGUGGUAUACCCCAUAAGCCUACAUUUUCUUAACCUAUUUCUCAUACUUGUACUGAGAUGCAAUGAAAAAGAAAAGAUGACGGGCUUUUACCCAAAUAAAUAGAUUUGAAUGUGUGAGCGAUGCAACAUACAGUGCAUUAUGGACAGAAUGACCUGAUAUUUGAGUGUACCGCUUUGGACUGCUUUGGAUACUUGCAGUGGUUGAAACCCUUAUGUGAGAACAUUAACAAACUAAUAGGAUCGACCUCUUAGGUUAAAUCACUUUAUUUAGUUACCAAGCCAGAAAAAUAAGCAAUUUGUAUAGUAGCUUCAUUGAGUUUUAUGCAGUUUAAAAGUUUAAUCUCUUUUGACCUACUCGGUUAAAUGUCUCAUUUUAAGAUGGCCAGGAAGCUGAUAAUCACACAGUGAAUAUGUCAUUGUCACUGCUCUAUUAAUUGCAGUGAUGAUGAAUCAUAUAUGAAUAGAUGAAUAUGGCUCUCAGUCAUCCAAGUGCAUGACCUCAGACGUGCUCAUAGGUCAACUGAAAAUUACAUUUAAAAUAACAGCUAACAGUCAUUCAGUCUUAUGUAAAGUAGAGCUCUGUAACGAGAUUGUGUCCAUCUGUUAUACCAGGGAACCUCUGUGUCUGGAGACGCCUGACAAUUUGGCUAAAACUACUGCCAACGAGCAGGCUGAUAGGAUCAUAUAUUUGAAGGGUUUUUAAAUCGUGUUUCAGUUUUCGAAAUUCUCAAAAUACAUCCUCAAGUGCACCACUUUGUAGGCCUACUAUGAGAUUAUCUUUUGUAGAGUUGACAUAUUCCCUUAAUUACACUGUUUUAAAAGAGUAGGCUGUGUUGGGUUAUGCUGCAGCUAUUUGUUACACCGGUGGCUGUUUUGAUCGCCGUGUGCCAUGAAUAAAGAAAAAAUUUGGGGUAGUCUCUCCUCGUUUUGAGAAACACACUAAUACUGAAAUUACGAGGCGAUGUGUGGUGUUAUUUUUGUCCGGUUUUGUGAUUAAAACCGGAACGUGUUAUCACUGUGUAUUACUGCUAAAAUGGAUCUUUCGGAUGCAUCCAAUAAACCGCAUUUUCAAAUUUU